AGAAAGGGAGAAAAGGAGAGGGCAAUUCUUUCAGUUCUUCAGAUGCAACAAUAGUCUUUGUCUACAAUGUCCCUCCAUUCUCAUUGGGGUUACAGAAGGGGAUGGGGCAGAGGGGCCAGUUUUCCAUGGUAACAGUGACAAAACAAGCUGGUCCCAGAGCAAGGAGGGAGACAAGAGAGAGACACAAAAACAUGCUUCAAGUCCGGAAUAAAAUCUCUGUAUCAAUCUCUGCAAUUUACUUUUUUUAAGAAACAGACAGUGUGCAAAAGGAGGAGAAAGGACUUUUGUGAAAGGAUGGACACUUGACUUGGGUAGAUGAAAAAUACUGGGCAUUUGUGAGUACUACAAAAGCACUCAUUCAUUCCAGAGGGACGUUUGGACCGGGACGUACCCUUCAUUUUCAUUCAAAAUUAUUGCUUUUCUGGAUAUCAUAAUGAACUCUGACACUCAGUAUGAGGACUCAGUGUCCGUCAUGGUCUUGGAGAACAUCAAGAACAAACUGCUUCAUGCCUUCAGAACAUCAGGAGUACCAAGAACUUCUGCUGAGACAGCCACUUAUACAGUAAACGUUGAUAAGAGUUUACAAGUGAACGAAGAGCUUCGAAGAGCUAAAAUAGAUGGAGCCAUAACAUGGUUAAGAUCAGAACUGCUGGAGAUGCGGUCUCAGGAUCGACAGCUGGCUCAGACUCUACUUGGACUCAACAAGGAGAUUCAGAGGCUCAGACGGGAUAAUGGAUCCCUGCUCCUGGAGCCUGACAGCAGUGAUCAUUUUGAGACAUGAACCAGGCAUCAGUCAGAGACAAAUAUACUAUUAAAGGGAUAGUUCACCCAAAAAUGAAAAUUCUCUCAUCAUGUAUUCUCCCUCAUGUCAUCCCAGAUGUGUAUGACAUUCUUUCUUCUGCAGAACACAAACAAAGAUUUUUAAAAGAAUAUCUUUGCUCUGUUGGUCCAUACAAUGCAAGUAAAUGGUGACCAGACUUUUCAAGAUCCAAAAAUUGCAUAAAGGCAGGAUAAAAUGAAUCCAUAUGACUCAGUGAUUUAAUCCAUAUUGUUAAAAGCAAUAUCAUAGGUGUGGGUGAGAAACAGAUCAAUAUUUAAGUCCUUUUUGACUGUAAAUCUCCACUUUAACUUUAAUAUUCAGAAAGUGAAAGUGGAGAUUUAUAAAAAAAAAAAAAAAGGAUUUAAAUAUUUAUCAGUUUCUCACCCAAAGAAACUGCGUCAAUUCAGAAGAUAUAGUUUUAACCAAUGGAGUCAUAUGGAUUACUUUUAUCCUGACUUUAUGUGAUUGUUGGAGCUUCAUAGGUCACUUGCAUUGGACCAACAGUGCAGAGAUAUUUUUCUUAAAAUCUUA